UUGCCCCGCCUCGGCCAACGCCUUCGCCUGGGGCUGGUUGGAGCGCUUAUAGUUCAUGGACUCACAGCACUGGGCACCUUUGGAGCUGGAAGGCGGUGCCCUCGGAACCCAGCUAAUUUCUCUACAUACCUUGGCCUUCACAGUUGUUGUGCCUGCGGUGGAAGCAUUCUGACCUGGGCCGCAUCUCUCUGGAGACUUUGUGCCUCUGGUUGCGGCCAGAGUGAGGUCGUUGCCUUGACAACGACAGCAUGCGGUCCGCAGUCCUGGGAAGUGUGAGCCUGCGGCUGGAGGCCCUUCUGCCUCCCUGCCUGAUUCACCUAGGACCGGUGACUGUGUCCUCAGAAGUAAUCACAGCAGCACUGGAGUAACUAGUUUGCUAAUCAGCAUCUUUUAGACUGGUGAGCGAGAUGCACUUCACCGCAAAUUUGUUUCCAAGUUGAAAACCUUUGGGUCUUUCCAUGCGAAGGUUAUUUAUUUAUUAAAGAAACAAAAAAUUCCUACUGGUUUUAAAUUAAAAUGGAAAAGUAUGAAAACCUAGGAUUGGUUGGAGAAGGGAGCUAUGGAAUGGUGAUGAAGUGUAGGAAUAAAGAUAGUGGAAGAAUUGUGGCCAUCAAGAAGUUCUUAGAAAGUGAUGAUGACAAAAUGGUUAAAAAAAUUGCUAUGAGAGAAAUCAAGUUACUAAAGCAACUGAGGCAUGAAAACCUGGUGAAUCUGUUGGAAGUGUGUAAGAAAAGAAAACGAUGGUAUCUAGUCUUUGAAUUUGUUGACCACACAAUUCUUGAUGACUUGGAACUGUUUCCAAAUGGACUAGACUACCAAAUAGUUAAAAAAUAUUUGUUUCAAAUUAUUAAUGGAAUCGGAUUUUGUCACAGUCAUAAUAUCAUACACAGAGAUAUAAAGCCAGAAAAUAUAUUAGUCUCCCAGUGUGGUGUUGUCAAGUUAUGUGAUUUUGGAUUUGCCCGGACAUUGGCAGCUCCUGGGGAGGUUUAUACUGAUUAUGUGGCAACCCGAUGGUACAGAGCUCCAGAACUAUUGGUUGGUGAUGUCAAGUAUGGCAAGGCUGUUGAUGUGUGGGCCAUUGGUUGUCUGGUAACUGAAAUGCUUGUGGGGGAACCCCUGUUUCCUGGAGAUUCUGAUAUUGAUCAGCUAUAUCAUAUUAUGACAUGUUUAGGUAAUUUAAUUCCAAGACAUCAGGAGCUAUUUUAUAAAAAUCCUGUGUUUGCUGGAGUAAGGUUGCCUGAAAUCCAGGAAACUGAACCUCUUGAAAAACGCUAUCCCAAACUCUCUGAAGUAGUGAUAGAUUUAGCAAAGAAAUGCUUACAUAUUGACCCAGAUAAAAGACCCUUUUGUACUGAGCUCCUGCACCAUGAUUUCUUUCAAGUGGAUGGAUUUGCUGAGAGGUUUUCUCAGGAACUACAUUUGAAAGUGCAGAAAGAUGUGAAAAAUAUUUCUUUAUCUAAAAAAUCCCAGAACAGGAAGAAGGAAAAGGAAAGAGAUGAUUCCUUAGGUGAAGUAAGAAAAACACUUGUGGUACAGGAUACCAAUGCUGAUUCCAAAAUUAAGGAUUCUAAAGUAUUUAAAAUAAGAGGGUCAAAAAUUGAUGGAGAAAAAAUUGAAAAAGGCAUUCGAGCUUCAAAUGUCACCUGUCUCCGUGACAAUGGAACGAGUCACAUCAAAAUAGUGCCUUCAACAAGCCUCAGAGACUGCACCAAUGGCAGUAUGGAUCACACAAGGAAUCCAGGCAUGGCCAUUCCUCCACUUACACAUAAUCUCUCUGCUGUGGCUUCUGAUAUUAAUUCCGGAAUGGGAACUAUCCCAGGAAUUCAGAGUUACAGAGUGGAUGAGAAAGCCAAGAAGUAUUAUAUUCCAUUAGUUAAACCAAGUAAACAUUCUUCAUCAGGCAUUUUUAAUAUUAACGUGACCACAUCAGUAAGUGAAUUGUUCUCAUUGGUUGCUAAUAAGAAAAGAAAGGACAAAGAAGGGACAAAGGAAGAUGUCCAUUUGCCUGAAUUGAAUUAUAAUCAUCUCCCUGAACUAAGAGCCUUGGAAGGCAUUGCUCGAAAAUCCAGGCUCAUAAGGAAAAAAAACAAAAUUCUUUCAGAAUCUCGAAUUCCAUCUCUGGCUGCUAUUGACCUCCACACCCCUAGUGUUGCAUUACAUCAGGUACAGAAAUACUUUUUGUAG